AUGUUUAGUGCAGUAGGCAAAUGGAUCCGAGGCUCUCGUAAUGAUAGGGACUUUGUAACGAAGUAUACCGCAGAUCUAUCACAAAUAACUUCACAGAUUCAUCAAUUAGAUGUCGCGUUAAAGAAAAGUCAAUCGAUCUUGAGUCAAUGGCAGUCCAACCUGACCUUUUACGGGAUUGCUUUCACGAUAUUGGCCCUGAGCUACACAUAUUGGGAGUACCACGGCUAUCGACCAUACCUUGUGGUGACUACCCUGCUAUGCUUAGGCUCGCUAAUCUUGUUCAAAUGGGCGUUAACCAAACUCUAUGCAUUUUACAACAACAACAGAUUGCGCAAGUUGGCAAAACUUCGUGCAAUCCACCAAAAGAAAUUGGAAAAGUUGAAGGAAGAAACCCACUACAAUGCUACAAGUUCGAUCAUCCAACGGUUUUCAUCCGGUGAAGAUCAAAACGACGAUGCCAUGGUACUUCUGGAUGACGAAUUGAACGCUAAAUACCAAGAAUUAAACAACCUGAAGACAGAACUGGAAAAAUUCAAGAAGGAAAGCCAUGUAAAAGGCUUGAAAAAGGAAGACAGCGAUGCAUGGUUCGACAAAAUUAUCAGCGUACUAGCAGGCGGUAACGAAUUGAACUCAACAAACUCGUUAUCUCCCUUUAAAAAAAUCAUAUGUCCACAAUGUCAUUGGAAAUCCGAUUGCUACAGAUUGGCCAGUAAACCAAUCCUCUUUAUCUGUCCUCAGUGCAAUCAUAAAACAGACGAAAUAAAGGAAAGACAGGCCGCCAUUGAAGCAAAACAAGAGGCACAGCCUUCGCAGUUGGAGAAGGAAAAAACAACGUGA